AUGUCCAUCAGCAAGAAACAACAAAUUCGUGGUGUAAGAAUUCUAUUAACUGUUUUCUAUGGAUUUCUUCUAUCAAGUAUUCUUUUCCGUUAUAUUAUCCAUGGAAUUGUUGAAACAAUUCGUCGACCAACAAAUCCAUAUGCUAUUUCAAUGAUCGUUCUGGGUAUGAUUAUUCUUAUUUCGAUCGCUUUAGCAAUCUAUGCUACAUGGUUCGACAAUACGAUCAUAAUGUUAGUAUCCGGUAUUGUGCUCAUUGUAGUAUUUAUUUUAACACUCGUUUUUGGUAUUAUUCGUAUUGUCAAUACUGCACCUCUUCGCGUAGUAAGUGCAACAACUCAGAGAAGUUCUGUGAUAGAUGGUGCCAUUGAUGACUCGCAUCAAUCAAACGAUGAAUUAACAAAAUCAAACGCAACUAAAACGGAUUCUUAUGCUAUUAUUGAAGAUGUGACAAAAUUAAUCAUCGAAUUAGUAGCAAUUCUUUUUGCAAUUCUAGCUACUUUCAUUUUAUAUCGAUACGUUAAAUCAAAAUAUGAUCCCGUAGCAACAAAAGAACCUGCAACAACAGCAACAACAACAGUAAAAUAA